AUGGAGAAUGAGAUUUUCACUCCCCUUCUGGAGCAGUUUAUGACUAGCCCGUUGGUCACUUGGGUUAAAACGUUUGGUCCUCUGGCUGCAGGAAAUGCGACCAACCUGGAUGAAUAUUUGGUUUUGGUGGAUGGAGUAUUCUUGAACCAGGUUAUGCACCAAAUUAAUCCUAAAUCGGAGAGUCAGAGAGUAAAUAAAAAAGUCAACAACGCUGCUUCACUUAGAAUUCGCAAUCUGUCCAUUUUGGUGAAACAGAUAAAAUUUUCUUACCAGAAAACAUUGCAGCAGUUGAUUUUGAUGUCAUUGCCAAAUGUCUUAAUCAUUGGCAAAAAUCCCUUUUCUGAACAAGGCACCGAAGAAAUUAAAAAGUUGCUGUUACUUUUACUGGGUUGUGCAGUACAGUGUCAGAAAAAGGAAGAAUUUAUUGAAAGAAUUCAAGGUUUAGAUUUGGAUACAAAAGCAUCAGUUGCUGCACAUAUUCAAGAGAUAACCCAUAAUCAGGAAAAUGUGUUUGAUCUGCAAUGGAUGGAGGUGACAGAUGUCUCAGGAAGAUAUAGAGCCACUCUUGAAAAAUAUGGCAUUGCAUCUAAAAAGACUGAUAGAUGAGAGAGAUAAACAUUCAGAGAACUUUAAAGAGAAGAAGAUAUAUGAAUAAACAAAGAAAACUUUUAAAGCAGCACUUAAUUUCUUUUUUUUAAAAUAAGGCUGUUGAGACCAAAGGAAGGCAAAGAUCAAUCAAAAAGCAUCCCUGCUAUGUAUUUCAUUUCUAUUCUGGUUUUAGUUUCCUUACUAUUUGUUCCAUUGUUCUAGAGCCUGUCUAAUUGUAUUACACGUGUUUAUAGGUAUUGUAUAAUGUGUACCAGUUUCUGAGGAGUUAGAAGU